AAACCGAGAAAGAAAUGAAAAAACUACUGCUUUUAAGUGCGAUCAGUUUAAUCGUCACAGGGAAUGCCUAUGCAGCGAAAGAAUUUUUAAAUGUAUCUUACGAUCCUACCCGUGAAUUUUAUCAAGAAUAUAACAAGAGUUUUGGUCAAUUUUGGAAAUCAAAAACAGGCCAAGAUAUUGAAUUUAAGCAGUCUCAUGGUGGUUCUGGUAAGCAAGCACGCUCAGUGGUAGAUGGUUUGCAAGCAGAUGUGGUGACACUGGCUUUGGCUAAUGAUAUUGAUGAAAUUGUCAAUGCGGGUCUGAUUGAAAAAGGCUGGCAAAAAGAAUUUCCGAAUAAUUCUGCACCCUACACAUCUACCGUUGUUUUUUUAGUACGUAAGGGCAAUCCCAAAGCAAUUAAAGAUUGGAAUGAUUUGGUAAAACCUGGGGUUGAAAUUAUCACACCAAACCCUAAAACAGGCGGUGCGCCGCGUUGGAUUUAUUUAUCAGCGUGGGGCUAUGCAUUAAAACAACCGGGUGGUAAUGAUGCAAAAGCGCGUGAAUUAGUCAAACAAAUAUAUAAAAAUGUCAAAGUGUUAGAUUCAGGCGCACGUGGCUCGCUCACAACAUUUGCGGAUCGUGGUAUUGGCGAUGUUUUGUUGUCUUGGGAAAAUGAAGCAAUUUUGGCGACGUCUGGUCCAGAUAAAGAUAAAUAUCAAAUUAUUUAUCCAUCCAUUUCAAUCCUAGCUGAGCCUUCAGUCGCAAUCGUCGAUAAAGUGGUUGAUAAAGAUGGUAAUCGUAAUUUAGCGAAAGGCUAUUUAAAUUAUCUUUAUUCACCUGGCAGGACUUGGCAGCAAAAUAUAAUUUCCGUCCGCUUUUUGGUGGUUGGGCAAAAGCGCAAAAAACCCAUUUUGCCAAUGGGGGAAUUUACGAUCAAUUUACCGCUGAAAACACUGAUGAGUGCUGUGGUUAUUGCGACGGGAUUAACUGUUGCAACGACAGCAAGUUAUGCUGCUGACCGUGAAUUUUUAAAUGUGUCUUAUGAUGCAACGCGUGAGUUUUAUGAUGAGUUUAAUAAAUCAUUUGGUGCUUACUGGAAAUCUCGUACAGGCAAGACUGUUGAUUUUAAACAAUCGCAUGGUGGUUCGGGAAAACAAGCGCGUGCCGUGGUUGAUGGCUUAAAAGGUGAUGUAGUGACCUUAGCUUUGGCCAAUGAUAUCAACGAAAUUGUGAAAUCAGGUCAAAUUAAUCCAGGUUGGGAAAAAGAAUUUCCAAAUAACUCAGCACCGUAUACGUCUACCGUUGUGUUUUUAGUACGCAAAGGCAAUCCCAAAGGUAUCAAGGAUUGGACAGAUUUGACCAAACCUGGUGUACAAAUCAUUACCCCUAAUCCUAAAACAGGCGGUUUACCACGCUGGAUCUAUCUCUCAGCUUGGGGCUAUGCACUUAAACAACCGGGUGGUAAUGAUGCUAAAGCACGUGAGUUUGUUUCUAAGAUGUACCAUAACGUAAAAGUUAUGGAUCCAGCUGCACGUGCAUCGAUGACCACAUUUGCUGAACGUGGGAUUGGUGAUGUUUUACUGACUUGGGAAAAUGAAGCCAUGGUGAGUAAGAAAGCAUCUGGCAAUAAAUUUGAUAUUGUCUAUCCAUCGAUGUCAAUUUUGACUGAACCGUCAGUGGCAAUUGUUGAUAAAACAGUAGAGAAGAAUGGCAAUAAAUGGUUAGCAACGGGUUAUAUUAACUAUUUGUAUUCUCCAAUAGGUCAAGAUAUGGCAGCACGUCAUUUCUAUCGCCCGCGCAAUGCAAAAAUCUUAGCUAAAUAUUCCAACCAAUUCCCUGUACUGAAAACAUUUACCAUUGAUGAAGUCUUUGGUGGUUGGGCAAAAGCACAGCAGACGCACUUUGCCAAUGGCGGUGUUUUCGAUCAGAUUUAUAAUAGCAAGCGC